UGGAACGACCGAACCUUUCGUUACGAGCGAGACCCAGGAAGGUGCAACUUUCGAUCAGAUCUCGAUGUCGAGUCCUAGAAUACCACGUUUGGCAGUCCAAUUCUAGCCAGCAUAUAGGCCGCUGAUGCUGCGGCAACGAUCGACUUUUGAGCGACAAGACCAUACCAAGCGGAACGACCUUGAGUCUCGCCGAUACCCGCGACGUAGGAUUAGGAACCUCUAGCUGCAUGACAUGACAGACUCGAACAUUCGUGGCCAUGUGAACAUGGGAGGUUCAUCCGCCAGCCCAUCGACGAGCGCACAUGGACGAAGAAUGGACCAGGACAUUUCUCCAGCCAACAGGGCAGAAGCUUCGGAUUCGAGCAAGACCGAGACGAAACGCAGACGGGUAUCGACCGGUUGCUUGACGUGCAGACGACGCAAAGUGAAAUGCAAUGAAACGCAUCCGGUCUGUUCGCAGUGCCAGCGCCUCGCGGUAGAAUGCAUAUGGAAGGAUACCCAGCAAUACUCGAAUAAAUCUAUUAGAUCAUGCCGACGUGCUUGUGAUCAAUGUCGCAUUUCGAAAGCGGCCUGCUCGUUCCACGAUCCCACAUGCACGACCUGCGAGCGAAAGGGAAUCGACUGCACCUGGAAGCUCGCCGAAAAGGGCUCGACACCUCCACCUGCCUCGGCUCCAGCGGCAGGAGAUGAGCUAGCCAGGAUCGAACCUAUAGCGCCGCAUAGACCGAUUCUGCAUGAUGGAAAUGUCAAGAAGCUCGUGUCCAUCUACUUUUUCCGUGUCUACAACGUUUCGUGGCAUGGAUUCUUACACCGAGCUUCCUUCAUCCAGAGAUUACAUCGCGGCCAGGUUCCUCGACAUCUCCUCACAUCGGUCUGCCUUGCCUCGGCCAUCGUGCUCGGUCUCGAUGCUGAAGACUGCAAGACCCGGCUGGCCGACUGUCAUCGACAAAUCUCGGAAGCGAUCAUCUCGCCGACUUUGGAUCUGCUUUGUACGAUACUGAACAUCAUCUACUGCGAGAUGGCUAUCGGCAGACGAUCGGCUCUUUGGAUGUUGUCGGGAAUGGCGAACAGAGUGGCCCUGGCCCAUUCUCUUCAUCUGCCUGGAGACGAUAGCAUGCCUGGCGGAGAGACGCGCCGACGUCUCAUGUGGGCUUGUUAUUGCAUCGACAUCAUGGUCACCGGGAAGCAAACCGAGUUGGCGUCCUUUGCGCUCGACCGGAUUGCCAUCCAGUUACCCAUGGACGAGAGAUCCUUCAUGUUGCGGUUCAAGGCGACUACUCGGAUCUUCAGAUUGCCGUGGCAGCCACCGUCCGAGGCCGAACGGGGAAGAGAGGGAAUGCCUGCGCAAGGCGUCAUGUUAUUUGCUCUUUCGCAUAGCGUUCUCAAAUACCUCGCGGUUGCACAAUGGGAGCAACCAGAUCUACCGGGAUCGCAGUUUCAAUCCUGUCAGAUGGACUUGCUAGCCUGGCGAGACUCAUUGAACGCCGCACUGGAGUGCACGGAAGAGAACGUCUUUACGAGGAUCGAAAUGGGACAAUCCACAGCGUUCUAUGCGUUGCAUCUGCGGUACAACUGGGCCAUGGCGACGUUGUGCACUUCGGCACUGCAACGACCCAGCGAACUUCUGAACGUGGACUGGCACCGCCAGAUCAUGGCCGUCUGUCAAGAAUCUUGGCUGAGCAUCGCCGAUGUUGGAGAUACUUUGCUCAGCGCUGAUCCGGAUUUCGUUCCUGAAGAUCCCACUCGUAAAUCGCGUUUCGACUCCGAAUAUGCCAUGUCCAUGAGUACUCACGGUUGCAAACAACAGUUCUGGAGCUACUAACGGACGCCGUUGAGGCGCAGCUGGUCGAUGCGAUCCGAGCGGGUUUGCCACCUCAUCACACCGUACAACAUCGCAUAGGUACGAACCUCAUCUUGAUGAAGCGGAUAGCUCUUCUUUUCUCGGGACCCAAGACUCAGUUGAUCGAUCUCAUCGGUCGACAUGACGCAACACUGCGUAGCGUGCUCGAUCAUCGAGCUGUCGACCAGCUUCGCCGGGACCUUGGCUUGCGCGAACAGCCAGAUGUCGACCGACGACCGCCGAUACAAGCGACCCCUUUCAUAUUGGACAACGGCAUCGGAGGCCUUCAGACCGGUAGCUCAAUGGUACCACCAGUGAACCAACUCUUAGCCGGUGCCUCCAAUCCGUC